CACCACGGAAACAAAACACGCGAUACCGGUUCUGUAUGUAAAUCUUUUACAGAAAACCAUUACUCCAACGAUCGUACAAUGGAAGCGGUGGAAGAGCCCGUCGAUCAGCAGGUGAAACUACCGCAGAAGCGAUUUUAUCGACAACGUGCCCACUCGAAUCCCAUUGCCGACCAUAGUUUCGAUUAUCCUGCUUUGCCAGCCUUGAGCAACUGGAAUGAACUGUAUCCCAACAUUGGCCACCGGUGCGUUGAAUUUGCGGACAUUGGCUGUGGGUACGGUGGGUUUCUGGUAACGUUGGGUGAAACUUACCCGGACAAGUUAGCGCUCGGUAUGGAGAUACGGGUAAAGGUGUCCGAUUACGUGAUGGACCGAAUUAAAGCGUUGCGCCAACGACACAAAGGAAAGUACGAGAAUAUUGCUUGCAUUCGUACGAACGCCAUGAAGUACUUACCGAACUACUUCCACAAACAUCAGCUAGAGAAGUUGUUUUUCCUUUAUCCGGAUCCUCACUUUAAAAAGGCGAAACAUAAAUGGCGCAUCAUUAAUUCGACGUUGCUGAGCGAGUACGCGUACGUGUUGCGUCCCGGUGGGAAAAUUUACACCGUGACCGAUGUGCGCGAACUUCACGAAUGGAUGUGCAAGCAUAUCGAGGAGCAUCCGUGCUUUACACGUUUGCCAGACAGUGAAGCCCAGGAGGACAUACUCGCACCGAAGCUGUUGGAUAGCAGCGAGGAAGGCCAAAAGGUAACCCGCAUGAGUGGAGACAAAUUUAUGGCCAUCUUCUCUAGAUUAUGAUUUACCGAAUCAAUCGAUUCAAUUGUCGAUGAUCAUUGUUUAAGUGGGAAAAUAAAGUUUUGUUAAACAAAUUAAGUUCUUCGUAAGAUGCGUACAUAAAAUUCAAUGUAUUAAUUAUUUGAAAUUAAAGUUUAGAGAUAUUACAUGUAGCAUAAGGGAGUGGUCGGCGUUGAUCUACCCAUUUUGAUCAUUGUA